GAAAUUAAGAAAGAUUUCGUAAGUGGGUCCCACUUCCAUCAGAGAGAUCUUCCUAGGUUGGGCGAUUUAUAAAAGGGAGGGGAGGAGUGAACAAAAUGUAUUGAUAGGAACAGUUUGAAUGGGCCGUACAACUGUUUGAUAAUCCGCAGAAACAUCUCAUCCAAUGCAUCCCUCAAGGACACGGCGCUGGCGCAGCAAAGCGAAGGAAGGGUCUUUUUCUGUCCAUUAGGGUUUUCGCUUUCAUCCCUUUUUUUCUCUCUCUCUCUUUUGAUUCUGGUUCUGGGUAAUGGAGUCUAGGGGUUUAAUCGAGCCGCGCAUCGCGGGAUUUCUUUAGGGUUUUGCAUUUUGGUCCAAGAUCGUGAGGUCGACAAACGAUGCUGAUAGAGAUAUGAAAGAAUCUGGGUUCUGUGUGAGGUUGGGAAAGAAAUUAUUUUUUUCUACAAUGGAGGGUUCGGAUGUGGAUAUGGACUUCGAUUCAUCCGAUGCGAGUAUUGUCGGAUGCCGAUUCCGCUUUCGAUCGGCAUUCGAUUCGUAUUCCGUUGCUAGUGAGGCAUUUUCUGAACAUCUUCUUCUCCUGAUUCCGAUUGGGUUCAUCCGCGGUCGGCUUUGAUAGGUUUGAAUUUUGAAAUUCUUAUUCUUCUUCUUCUUCUCUCUGUGUUUUUUCUUGGGUUGUUUCUUCGAUCUUCUUCGUCGUGGCAAUGGAUUCGGGGAAUGAAAAGGUUGGGAAAUCGGAGUCCGAGGAGGCUCAGUAUGUGGAGAAGGAUCCUGCGAGUCGAUACAUUCGGUAUGAUGAAAUCCUGGGAAGGGGAGCAUUCAAGACUGUAUAUAAGGCAUUUGAUGAAGUUGAUGGAAUAGAGGUUGCGUGGAACCGAAUUAAAAUUGAUGAUGUAUUGCAAUCACCUGAACAGCUGGAAAGAUUAUAUUCAGAGGUUCAUCUGCUGAAGUCACUGAAACAUGAAAACAUCAUCAAGUUAUAUUACUCGUGGGUGGAUGAUAAGAAGAGAACUAUUAAUAUGAUUACUGAAUUAUUCACUUCUGGGAGUUUGAGGCAGUACCGGAAGAAGCACAAGAAUGUUGAUAUAAAGGCCAUCAAGAACUGGGCGAGGCAGAUAUUACGAGGUUUACACUAUCUUCACAGUCACAAUCCGCCCAUUAUUCACAGAGAUUUAAAAUGUGACAAUAUUUUUGUCAAUGGAAAUAAUGGAGAAGUUAAAAUAGGAGAUCUUGGGCUGGCUACCGUCAUGCAGCAGCCUACUGCCCGAAGUGUUAUAGGCACUCCCGAGUUUAUGGCUCCAGAGCUCUAUGAAGAGGAAUAUAAUGAACUCAUUGACAUAUAUUCUUUUGGCAUGUGCAUUCUAGAGGUGGUUACUUGUGAAUACCCAUAUAGUGAAUGCAAAAACCCUGCACAAAUAUAUAAGAAGGUCACAACUGGCAUAAAGCCAGCUUCCCUUGGUAAAGUGAAGGACCCUCAUGUCAAGCAGUUCAUAGAGAAGUGUCUGGUUCCAGCAUCUAUGAGAUUACCUGCAAUAGAGCUUUUGAAUGAUCCAUUCUUUUCAUCUGAAAAUUCGAAGGAGCUGAUCUGUGACCCUGUGCAGUUGUCCAAUCCAGUGCCCAAAGUAACAAAUUUGCCAAAGCACGAAUCUCUUUCCAUGGACAUAGAUCCUAGCUGCAGGAAAGUUUCAGGUAGCACUUGUACAAGAAGUAUCAAUCAAACUCCUCAUUGUUCAACUUUAGAAUUUCAGAGGUUCAAUGAGAAUAACGAAUUCAAGAUAAAAGGGGAGAAAAUUGAUGAUAAUUCAAUUUCAUUAACUUUGCGCAUCACUGAUGUGUGUGGUCGAGCAAGGAAUAUUCAUUUUACGUUUUAUCUUGAUGCUGAUACUGCACUUUCAAUUGCUGCUGAGAUGGUUGAACAGCUUGAUUUGUUAAAUGAAGAUGUGGCUUUCAUAGCGGAGUUAAUUGAUGAGUUGAUAAUGGGACUUGUACCCUGCUGGAAACCUUUGCCUGAAAAAUUUUAUCAUGGAGAAAAAGGUUCGUGCAAUGGUUCUUUGCCUCCCAAUGAGGGAACCUCGUUGAGAUGUCCUUGGAAUAUGGGGGAUGUUGGGCAUUCUUCCAACACAGUUGAUAGGAAACAUGAUUUUUCACAGUUGACUAAUUUGGGGGAUCAACAUGCUCAAGGGUUAGUAGUUUCAGAAAUUUCUGCUGAUUAUGGAGCUUUGUUCGGCUCAAAUGAAUAUAAAGAGAAGAAAGUUUUAGACUGCAAUACUGUUGACUGUUAUAAAUGUUCAAAUGGGUAUAGUUUUGAUUUAAAUAUGGAGACUAAUAAUGAUCACUUUAGCUGUAAAGAGAGAGGUUGUGAGGGUAAUGCUGGUGAAUUUGUGAGAGGAGAUGGAGGUAAUGUUGGGGAACUCGUAAUGAUGAAUGGAUUUACUAGCAACUCAGAGGGUUCCUAUAUUGAUUCGUGCAGUGGCAUGUCUAAUGACUUGAGCUUGUCGAGCCUGUGUUCUUCCUUAUCACUUGCAGACAAAGAUCAAUAUGAUGAGCUAAAGCUGGAGCUCGAUGCAAUUGAUGCACAGUAUCACCAUUGCUUUCGAGAACUCCUGAGGAUGAGGAAGGAUGCAUUGGAAAAUGCCAAGAAGAAGUGGGUAACAAGGAAGAUGUCUUUUGCUUGAUAUAAUUUUUUUUUCUUUUUUAUGUAGAAAAAUCUUGUUCUGCAGGCUACAGAAGUCGCUACUACCUAAGAUUCUGUGUCUAUAAUGGAUCUUUUUUUUGGGGGGUGUGGUUUUCAGUAUAAUGGAAUGCCAAUUGUUUGGUUACCUCUCUUUAAGCAUGCUGUGAUGAUCAGGGUAUAUGUUGGGGAAUAAAAAUUUGUUUCUUAA